GCUGCAGCACUUCAAGAACGUUUUUCAAACUGCACAUUGCAAUUAGAGCGGCCAUUAUUUUUACAAAAUUUCGGUGAUAGUAAAAAGUAGAUAGGUUUCUUUAAACUUUCUUUUAAUAAAAAUGCAUUUUCACAAAGUUAAAAACGAACAAGAGGUCAUUGCUCUGCUGGGUAAAAUGCUUAAGGAAAAAUCCGAUGAAGCAAUUGAAAAUAAUGGCGUGUUUCGUAUAGGAGUAUCAGGUGGUUCAGUUGUCAAUUAUUUAGCCACUGCCUUAACCCAAAUAGAUGUGAAUUUCGAAAAAUUCAAAUUUUUCUUUUGCGAUGAACGAUUUGUAUCCGAAGGCAAUAAAGAGUCAAAUAGUGGGUCAUAUAAAACAGCUUUACUAACCAAAACUCCGUUGAAAGAAGAACAAUUUGUAUGCAUUGAUAUAUAUGGAACUUUAAAAGAAUGUGCUCAAGACUACGAGGAAAAAAUAUUGAAAGAGUUUGACUUAAAAAGCGGCGAUAUACCACAAUUUGAUUUACUGAUUUUAGGUAUAGGACCAGAUGGUCAUACGUGUUCGCUAUUUCCCCAACAUCCGUUGCUAAAGGAAAAAGAUCAUUUGGUAGCUCCUAUAGACAAUUCCCCUAAACAACCCGCCAAACGAGUCACAAUGACUUUCCCUUUAAUCAACAAUGCAAAAAUGUGCAUGUUUGUCAUGUGUGGUGAGGGUAAAGCCGAUAUUGUUAAGCGCAUUUUCAAAGACAAGGAAAAUUUACCAGCUGGUAUGGUGAAACCCUUAAACAAUGAACUCCAUUGUCUUCUUGAUGAAGCGGCUGGCAAAUAUAUUUAAGUAUCACAACAAAUUGUUGAAUAAUCCAGUAGAAAAUUGUUUAAAAAAUCUUGUUUUUUUUAUUAUUAUUAAAAAUAUCUUAUAUACACUUUUUUAUAAUAAAUUAAAGCUAUUUUUUAUACAACAAUA